AUGAUAACCAAAAGUCAAAUCCUGGUGGUGGGGUUGAAAGUAUUUUUUGAAACUGUUCAAUUAAUUGUAAGAGCAAUUUUAUGGCUAAUAUUCGGUGGAAAGGGAGAAAAAUUACCACCAAUAAAUAACAGUUUAUUAUUGUGUAGUGCUACAUCAUUGGCUCAUCAGAUAAGAACUAAAAAAGUGACCAGUGUUGAAGUGGUGCAAUCCUUUAUAAAAAGAAUUCAAUUAGUCAAUCCAAUUUUAAAUUGUGUUAUCGAUGACAGGUUUGAAGAUGCCUUAGAAGAUGCAAAAAACGUUGAUGAAAUGAUCGCAUCUGGGAAAUUCACGACGGAAGAAUUAGAAACUCGCACUCCUUUCUUGGGAGUGCCUUUCACCACGAAAGACUGCAUAUCAAUAAAAGGUUUAUCUUGCACGGCGGGGAUAUACAGCAGAAAAGGAAUGAAGGGUGAAAAAGAUGCCGAUUCCAUAGCUUUAAUGAAAAAAGCCGGAGGUAUACCGCUGGCGGUAACCAACGUAUCGGAGCUUUGCAUGUGGUGGGAAAGUUUCAAUCCCGUUUAUGGGAGAACGAAAAAUCCUUAUAAUACUAAUCAUAUAGCGGGAGGUUCAUCGGGCGGAGAAGGUUGCCUUCUCGCUUCCGCAGGUUCCGCAAUGGGAAUCGGUUCAGACAUAGGAGGCUCCGUUCGUAUCCCUUGUUUUUUCAACGGCGUUUUCGGGCACAAACCAUCGACGGGAAUGGGUUCGUUAAAGGGUCACAUUCCUUUACCAUCUAAUACAAUGCAAAAAUCAUAUCUGGUAAUAGGUCCUAUGUCGAGGUUCGCAUCGGACUUGUUGCCCAUGUUUAAAGUCAUGGCUUCGGACCACGUGGAGGAGUUGAAAUUAAACGAGAAAGUCGAUGUGACAAAAUUAAAAUAUUACUACAUGGAAGACGAUUCGGGAAGCGUUCUAACAAGUUCCGUUGAAGAGGAAAUAAAGGAAGCCGUUCGAAAAGCUGCAAAACACUUCGAACAAGUUCACAAUGCAGAAACGCAACGCGUCGUUCUUAAUAAAUUAAAAUAUUCGAUGGCGAUAUGGUUUGCAAAAAUGAGAAUUCCCGAGGGUUCCCAGUUACCCGUUGAGCUUUCAAACAAUAAAGGAAAAGUUAAUAUUGUGAAAGAAUUUAUUAAAUUUCCAUUUGGAUUGUCGAAUCACACUCUGCCUAUUCUAUGCAUCGGACUCAUGGAAAAAUUAAAUCCCGAAUAUAACAGUCCUAAACACGUUAAUUUCGUAUCCAUGUAUGAUGGAGUUUUAAUUUAUCCGACGCAUCCCACGGCUGCUCCUUAUCACAAUGAACCAUUAUUUAAACCUAUAAAUGUAGGUUAUACGGCUGUUUUUAACGUUUUGGGUCUACCAUCUACUCAUUGUCCCAUGGGUUUGAAUUCAAAGGGUCUUCCGAUAGGAAUUCAAGUCGUUGGAGCUUUAAAACAAGAUAGAUUGACAUUAGCUGUGGCUUUAGAAUUAGAAAAAGCUUUUGGAGGCUGGGUACCUCCUUCGUCUCUUUCUAACUCUUCAUAA